AUGCUCUCAGGUGUAGCUAAGGUGGUUCUCUUGAAAAAAUUGAUUCAAGUGUUACCGACCUACUCUAUGAGCUAUUUCAAGCUCAUUAAGGGGUUGCGCAAGAAGGUUAGGACAACCAUGUAUGUGUCCCUACUGAAAUUCAAAGGAGGAAUAGGAUUCCGGGGUCCCGACGUCUUUAAUGAUGCCAUGUUGGGUACGCAGGCAAAGGAUCUCCUUGACAUUUAUUCUGGACAAGAAGAUGAGUGCAAUCACUAUCUUUAUUAUGUUGGCAAUAUGAAUAGCAAGAAUAAGUAUGCUCAUGAAGAGGAUCGGAUCGUAUCUAAAGGCGGAUGUUUAUGCGAACCAACAUGUGGUUGUAUAGCAAGAGGGGCUAUGGUAUCCCAGCCCAUUAGGGUUCAGAUCCUGGUGCUCGCAUUUAUUUCUGGAUUUAUUUCUGGAUUUUCGGCGAUGCGCAUUCAAUGGGAGGGGACGUUCUCGUCGACGACGAGGUCAAGACAUAUAAGACCAAUUGUUGUUGAUCCUGGUCUAUACCUCUCAUCAAGGACUGACAUUUUUUAUGCCACUCAAAAGCGUGAACUACCAAGUGCAUACAAAUUAUUUACCGGUUCUUCAUCUGUCAUCCUUUCUCGGGAAUUUACCGAGUAUUGUAUCGUCGGAACAAAUAAUCUACCGAGAACUAUGCUAAUGUACUACACUAACAUGCCCUUGCCACACAGGAAGUAUUUCCAGACAGUCCUCUGCAAUUCCCCUAAGUUCAACAGGACCGUUGUUAACCAUGACCUGCACUACUGGGCAUCGGAUGGAACGUCCAAAAACGAUCCCCGUCUGCUGACCCUAACUGAUGCGGAAAACAUGACAGCGAGCAGUGCAGCUUUCGGGACUAGAUUCGCCAAGGAUGACCCUGUGCUCGACCACAUCGACGAGGAGAUUCUACACCGCCUGCCUGGAGAGCCGGCUCCAGGAGGGUGGUGCAUAGGUGCUGGGGACGACAAUCCCUGUUCUGUUUUGGGUAGCACGGAUGUUCUUAGACCUGGGCCUGCGGCUAUGAAACUUGCCAAGUUCCUCGCGCAAAGGCUAUCCUAUCCAGCUUUUUAUUCUCGGCAGUGUGUAUGGGACUGA